AUGGCUGCAGCCUCAUCGUCUCCAUAUCCCUUCCUUCUCCUCCUCCUCCUCCUCCUCUUUUUCCUCUUUCCGGCGAACGGCGCUGCUGCCUCGGCCGAUGAAAGUGGAGAUUACAUACGCUUCUACAUCCACGAGAAAAACCUGGGGACAGCCAACUCCACGUUGGUGUACUCUGUGGAUCUCCACCCGGGCGGCUCGCCGGCUGGCUUCGGGAACAUCAUAGUCUUCAACAGCGUCAUCCGCGAGGAGGCCGACCCGGCCUCACCGGCCAUUGGCAUAGAGCAGGGCUUUGGAGUCAGCUCGAGUUUGGCCCAAGAUUCCGGCCUCACGGUGUUGGAGCUGCUGUUCACCGCCGGGCAGUACCAGGGGACCUCCCUCUCCGUGUUCGGGCUGGUAAAGGCGUCAGGCGAGGAGGUGGAGCGUGGCAUUGUCGGCGGCACCGGGAGGUUCCGGUAUGCGAGGGGCUACGUCUUGUCAAGGGUCGUCGGCGGCACCAAGGAGACGCUCGUUUGGGAGCUCGACGCUCAUGUUCUGCGUCAUGGAGUCUGA